UUAAUUAGGGUUUGUUUGAUCAAAGCCAAAAUGCAAAAGCUUCUUGGUCGAAAGCGAAAUAUGUCACUUCCUCAUGAAUUGGUCGUGGAAAUAUUUUUGCGAUUACCUCUCGACUCUUUGAUGCGCUGCAGAAGCAUUUGCAAAGAGUGGGAUUUUAUGAUAACAAACGAUGCCGAAAUUCUUCUCCGAUGCGAUAAAGAGCUUCCGACACAGCUGAAGAAUUGGUUAGAGAAUGAAUCUCGCGCUGAUCACUCAUAUAUUUAUGAUGAUAUUUGUCCGAAAUUAAGAAAAAAUACUGCAGCAUUGAUCGCUCAAAAUUCAAAGAAUGAUAAAUUUGAUGCAUAUGUUCGAUAUUUGGCCAUGAAUGUGUUUGAUCGAUUCAUAUCAAGAGGAAAUAGAUUGCGGAUUUCGGAAAAGAAAGAUGUUUCUUAUCGUGUUCGUGCCCUAGCAAUUAGUUGCAUGUCUAUUGCGUUCAAGGCGGAGAAAUAUAAUUCUUGCCGCAAGAAAAUGAGUAUGGAUCAAAAUAUAGAUAAGAAGAUCUGUAAAAGAGACAUUUACAAGGUUAAGAGACUGAUUCUUAAAAGAAUUGGUAAGCCUAAGGAUUACGACAAUCCGCUAUCUUACGUAUCAAUCUUCUUGUGGCUAGCAAAAAUACCGGAAACGAGCUUCAAAAUAAAUGUCAUCCGACUCAUAAUUCAAUCACAAGGAGUGCAAACAUCUACAAUUUUCAAGCCUUCAAUUAUAGCAGCAUCAGCUAUUGUUUUGAACAUCAAAGCGGUCUCUAUUGAAAAGUAUAAUGAAUGCAUGGAAAUGUUUACAGUCAAAUAUUUCCAAAUGAGGAGAAUAAAUAUAGAACGGUGUGAGUUUGUGAUUCUGUACUGCUGCACAAGAUUAUUUAUUCCAGUCGUGUUUCCUGAGGAGUUCAUAGUUCCUAGCAAAGAAGAGGUUUGGUCAUUGAGGCAUGGUAGGGCAGCAAAUUUUAAACUGAAAUGGAAGAGUGAUGAAGAUGAUGAAGAUUUGAGUUUGAAUGAUGAAGAUUUUCCACCUACAAGAAGUGAAGUAAGAGCUUUUCCUAAGAAAUAUAAUUGGGAUGGCUGCCUUAAUUUUUUGAGAGCCAAAUGCAUCCCUUAUUUUUAUCGGUUCAAUUCGGUCCAACCUGGUUCAAUUGCAGAUUUUGGCUAUUUUACAGUUUUGAAUCAGACUAUUAGCCGGUUUCUGGUGUAA